AUGGGUUACCUCAAAUACAUCGAGGUAGAGAACUUCAAAUCCUAUCGGGGGCGUCAGAUAAUCGGGCCUCUGAAACCAUUCACCGCCAUCAUCGGUCCCAAUGGUUCGGGCAAGUCGAACUUCAUGGAUGCUAUAAGCUUUGUGCUGGGAGAAAAACAGAAACAACUCCGUGUGAAACGUUUUUCGGAUCUAAUACACGGUGCUCCAAUCGGUCAGCCGGUGGCCUCUCGAGCGCACGUCAAAGCAGUAUAUGAACACGAUGACGGAACGGAGCUGCAAUUCACUCGCAUGGUCACGGGUUCAACGUCUGAGUACUUCAUCAAUGGCAUUGCCUGCUCUUCGGAGCACUACCUCCAGAAGCUCGAGAUUCUCGGCAUCAACGUAAAGGCGAAGAAUUUCCUCGUAUUCCAAGGUGCCGUGGAAAGUAUCGCCAUGAAGAACCCGAAGGAGCGAACGGUUCUCUUCGAGGAGAUCAGUCGGUCAGGCGAUCAUAAGGCGGAAUACGAGCGUUGCAAAAAAAUGAUGGCAGCCGAGGAGGAGACUCAAUGUACCUAUCAGAAGAAGAAAGGAAUAGCAGCGGAACGAAAGGAAGCCCAGAUGGAGAAGCAAGAAGCGGAAAAGUACCAAAAGCUGAAAGAAGACGUAGGCACGAAACAAGUCAAUUUGCAUCUGUUCCGACUCUUCCACCAAGAACGAGAGAGCCGGGAGUGCUUCGAAGACCUUGAGAAGCGGAACAUUCAAUUAGCUGAUGUCAAUAAGAAGAAAGAGCGGAUCGAGAACGAGCUGCGGGAGAAAAAGAAAGACGUGGGUAAAGCCCAGCGAGAAUUGGCGAAAGUCGAGCAGACCUUCAGGGACGCAGAUGUCGAGCUCAACAAGCGGAAGCCGGCAUACAUACGAGCGAAAGAGAAAACAGCUCAUACUCAGAAGAAACUAGACGCGGCUAAGAAAUCCUUGGACGCCGCCACAAAGACCCACAGGAGCCAUCAGGGCGAGAUCGAGGAGCUCGAGCAGGAAUUGUCACAGGUGGAACGGAAAAUCGAAGCUUUCGAUCAAGAGAGUAUAGAAACCGCUCAGAAAAAAGGUCGCGAUGUUUCUCUUGAAGAGAGUCAAGUGAAGGAAUACAAUCGUCUGAAAGAGAAAGCCGGGAAAAUGGCUUCGGCUGCACUGCAAGAAUACGACUCGGUUGCUCGCGAUCAGAAAACAGAUCAAGAUCAUCUCGACAACGAGUUGCGAAAACGCAACGAGUGUGAGGCCAAACUGAAGCAGAAGAAAUCAGAACUGGAGGAAAAUCAGCGACGAGUUAAUAAAUUGGUCGAUUACAUUAAAACGAGCGAGAGCUCGUUGCACGAUUUGAAAGAGGAGGAGCGCAAACUCCGAGUGGAGGUAGUUGAAGCCAAGAAGCGACAUCAAGACCUCAGUCAGAAAUUCGAAGACGUCUGUUCCUCUUUGGGAGAUGCCAAAGUUGACAAACACGAAGACGCUCGCCGCAAGAGGAAGUCCGAAAUCGUCGAGCACUUCAAGAAACUUUAUCCCGGUGUUCACGAUCGUCUUGUGAACCUCUGUCACCCGAUCCACAAAAAGUACAACGUGGCUCUCACAAAAGUCUUGGGAAGGAAUAUGGAAGCCAUUGUGGUGGACACGGAGAAAACCGGUCGAGCAUGCAUCCAAUACCUUAAAGAACAGAUGCUCGAGGCCGAGACCUUCCUACCGCUCGACUACAUCGACUUCAAACCUCUCAAGGAGCGAUUGCGUGAAUUCAAGGACGUUCCAAACGUCAAGCUACUCUACGAUGUUCUGAAAUACGAGCCGCUAUCCAUCAAGAAAGCCGUGCUCUACGCAACGAAUAAUGCUCUAGUUUGCGAAACAGCCGAAGACGCUGCCAAGGUCGCCUUCCAAGCACCCGACGGGAAACGUUACGAUGCGGUCGCCCUCGACGGAACGUAUUAUCAGAAGAAUGGCUUCAUAUCAGGAGGGAGCUCUGAUCUCGCAAAACGAGCAAAGCGUUGGGACGACAAGGAUUUCCAUAAAUUGAAAGAUCAAAAGGAGAAACUGCAAGAAGAUCUACGCGAAGCCAUGAAAACCGCUCGCAAGGAGAGCGAUUUGACCACAAUCGAAUCUCAGAUCAAGGGAUUAGAAACGCGUAUCAAGUAUUCGAAAACGGACAAAGAAGGUACCGAGAAGAAAGUCACGUCCUCCCUUCGGAUAGAGAUAGAGAAGCUCGAGAAGGACUAUGCCACAUUCGAACCGCGCAUCAAACAGCUCGAGCAGAGCAUGCGCGAGCGUGAAGUUCGGAUCAACGAAAUCAAAGCGAAGCAAAACACCGUCGAGGACGAUGUCUUCCGGGACUUCUGCGCGCAAAUUGGCGUGGCGAAUAUUCGAGAAUACGAGGAACGGGAGCUGCACGCCAGUCAAGAGCGCGAGAAGCAGAGAGCGGAUCUCGAGAAUCAGAAAAACAGAGUGGCGUCUCACCUCGAAUAUGAACGCACGAAAGAUACGCUAGCAUUGGUGAACAAGUGGACCGCGACUGUGGAACUGGAUCAACAAGAGCUGGAGAACCUCAAGGAGAUCGAGCAGAAACAAAAAGAACUUAUCGAACAGCAGGUCAAUCUGAUCUCCCAACUGAAGAACGAGCGAGCCGUGAAGAAGAGCAAAGUCGACGAAAUCGAUGAGGAGGUUGCAGAAAUUCGGAAACGACUCACUACUCAACAAAAAGAAGUCACUGCGGUGCAGAAAGGCGUAACGCAGGCCGAAACGAAGCUCGAGCAGAAGCGCAGUGAAAGGCAUACCUUCCUGCAGAGCUGCAAGCUCGAAGGGAUCCGUAUUCCGCUCAUAUUAGGCAGCAUGGAAGACAUCGUUCUGCAGGAAGAGGACGAGGUUAACCCCGCAAACCAGGGCAAUCAAAUGCAGCAGAUGUACGAGAGAGAAGCCGCACUCAAAAUCGACUACAGUCAAUUAUCAGAAGAGCAACAAGAAGUCGACACGUCUGAAGAAGUGAGGAAGAUCACGGCUAGGAUGGAGAAGGAAAUCAACGAUAUGACCAAUAUGCUGCAACGAAUCCAGGCACCCAACUUCAAAGCAAUGGAGAAACUCGACAGCGUCAAGGAACGCUUGAAGGACACCGAUACAGAAUUCGAGCACGCGCGAAAAAAGGUCCGGAAAGCGAAGUCGAAUUUCGAGCUGGUGAAGCGAGAGCGUUUCCAGAGAUUUAACACCUGCUUCGAGCACGUCUCAAACUGCAUAGACGACAUCUAUAAGUCGCUGACCAACAAUCCUUCAGCCCAAGCUUUCCUGGGUCCAGAGAACCCAGAGGAGCCAUACUUGGAAGGUAUCAACUACAAUUGCGUCGCUCCAGGUAAACGGUUCCAACCGAUGUCGAAUCUGUCCGGUGGAGAGAAGACAGUCGCCGCCCUUGCCUUACUUUUUGCAAUUCAUUCCUAUCAACCAGCUCCUUUCUUUGUGCUCGACGAGAUCGAUGCAGCCCUCGAUAAUACCAAUAUCGGCAAAGUUGCUCGAUUUAUCCGAGAGAAAACCCAAACCUCAUUCCAAUGUAUCGUCAUUUCGCUGAAAGAGGAAUUUUACGGGCAUGCCGAUUGCCUCGUGGGAAUUUGUCCCGACCCCGGAGAAUGCACGAUCUCGAGAAUCUAUACAAUCGACCUCUCUAAUCACGAGGAUACCUUCACUUAGGUGCCGAGGGCCAGAACGGGCUGGGGAGAGGGGCGGCCGGUGGG